AUGUAUGUGGGAUACAUACUGGAUAAAGAGAGCGGCAUGUAUCACCAAGGCCCCGUGCGGCGAUCCAGCAUCAACCUGCCCCCGCAGAACUUUGUGUCCUCGCCACAGUACCCCGACUUUAGCGGAUACCAUCACGUCCCCAACGUGGACUCGCACGGCCAGUCGGCGGGCAGCUGGGGGCCGUCGGCGUACGGAGGUCCCCGGGAGGAAUGGGGCGCCUACGGCCUGGGGCCCCCGAACGCGCUGCAGUCCACGCCCGUCAACAACUCGUCGCCGGCGCAGGUGGCCUACUGCUCGGCCGCAGAGUACACCCACAUGCACCCGCCCCCGCCGGCCUCGGCGGCCCUCCUGCAGCAGCAGCCGCCGCCGCCGGACGUGUCGCCGGACCGGGAGAGGCGAAACUCGUACCAGUGGAUGAGCAAAACGGCGCAGUCCUCCUCCACAGGGAAGACAAGGACGAAGGAAAAGUACCGGGUGGUCUACACAGACCACCAGCGGCUAGAACUGGAGAAGGAGUUCCACUUUAAUAGAUACAUCACCAUCAGGAGGAAAGCCGAGCUGGCCAUCAACCUGGGCCUGUCCGAGAGACAGGUAAAGAUUUGGUUCCAGAACCGCCGCGCCAAGGAGCGUAAACUGAUCAAGAAGAAGCUGGGCCAGUCGGACGGCAGCGGGGGCUCCGUGCACAGCGACCCGGGUUCCGUCAGCCCCCUGCCGGUGCCCGGCUCGCUCAGUCCCACGGACAUCCACGGUGCCCUCUACCCUGGGGCUAUGAGCACAUUGCCGUCCAUCAGAAAUAUACAGCAAGUGACUGUGAGCCAGUGA